AUGGAUUCUGACGAUUUAUUUGGUGUCUUCAAUGAAGCUCCUAUUGAAAUACCUGAUGAUAUUCCAGAAGAAGAAGGGCAAAGUAGUACCACUCCAAAUGAAGACAACAAAACAAACAAGCGUACUUUAGAUUCUGACGAAGAUGUAAAUGUUGAUGAUGACGACGAUGAAGAAGAAGGGAAUAACAAGAACGUAUCGAACAAGACAAAGAAAUCUAAAAUCCAUUCUUUAACAGACAAGAAAGAAAAAUCCACAGUAGUCCCCGUCGUAGCUGAUUCCUUCGAACAAGAAGCUUCCAGAGAGGUCGAAGCAUCAGCAGGUUUAACAAAUGCUGCAACCACACAAGUAGAAGAAGAUGGUAAAGUUAGAUUAUCACAUCAAGUUCGUCAUCAAGUCGCCUUACCACCAAAUUACGAUUAUACCCCGAUUGCUGAACAUAAGAGAAUUAAUGAAGCACGUACGUAUCCGUUCACUUUGGAUCCCUUCCAAGAUACAGCUGUUUCUUGUAUCGAUAGAGGUGAAUCUGUUUUAGUGUCAGCUCAUACUUCUGCAGGGAAAACUGUGGUCGCUGAGUAUGCUAUUGCUCAAUCUUUAAGAGAAAAGCAAAGAGUCAUUUAUACUUCUCCAAUUAAAGCUUUAUCUAAUCAAAAAUAUAGAGAAUUGCUAGCUGAGUUUGGUGAUGUUGGGUUGAUGACUGGUGAUAUUACAAUUAACCCUGAUGCAGGUUGUUUAGUUAUGACUACAGAAAUUUUAAGAAGUAUGUUAUAUAGAGGUAGUGAAGUGAUGAGAGAAGUUGCAUGGGUUAUAUUUGAUGAAGUUCAUUAUAUGAGAGAUAAAGAACGUGGUGUUGUUUGGGAAGAAACUAUCAUUCUUUUACCUGAUAAAGUCCGUUAUGUGUUUUUAUCUGCUACUAUUCCAAAUGCUAUGGAGUUUGCGGAAUGGAUUUGUAAGAUUCACUCUCAACCUUGUCAUAUUGUUUAUACUAAUUUCCGUCCAACUCCUUUACAACAUUAUCUUUUCCCAGCACAUGGUGAUGGUAUUUAUUUAGUUGUUGAUGAAAAAAGUACAUUUAGAGAAGAAAAUUUCCAAAAAGCGAUGGCAUCAAUUAGUAAUCAAUCAGGUGAUGAUCCAAAUUCUACAAAUUCAAGAGGUAAGAAGGGUCAAACGUUUAAAGGUGGUGCUGCCAAAGGUGAUGCUAAGGGUGAUAUUUAUAAGAUUGUUAAGAUGAUUUGGAAGAAAAAAUAUAACCCUGUUAUUGUCUUUUCAUUUAGUAAACGUGAUUGUGAAGAAUUAGCAUUGAAAAUGUCUAAAUUAGAUUUCAAUUCAGAUGAUGAAAAGGAUGCCCUAUCGAAAAUUUUUAAUAAUGCAAUUGCUUUGUUACCAGAAACUGAUAGAGAAUUACCUCAAAUUAAACAUAUUUUACCUCUAUUAAGAAGAGGUAUUGGUAUCCAUCAUUCAGGUCUUUUACCGAUCUUAAAAGAAGUUAUUGAAAUUUUAUUCCAAGAAGGGUUCUUAAAGGUUUUAUUUGCAACAGAAACUUUCUCUAUUGGGUUAAAUAUGCCUGCAAAGACUGUUGUUUUCACUUCAGUUAGAAAAUGGGAUGGUCAACAAUUCCGUUGGGUAUCUGGUGGUGAAUAUAUUCAAAUGUCAGGUCGUGCUGGUCGUCGUGGGUUAGAUGAUCGUGGUAUUGUCAUUAUGAUGAUCGAUGAGAAAAUGGAACCACAAGUUGCUAAAGGUAUGGUUAAAGGUCAAGCUGAUAGAUUGGAUUCUGCUUUCCAUUUAGGUUAUAAUAUGAUUUUGAAUUUAAUGAGAGUGGAAGGUAUUUCACCUGAGUUUAUGUUAGAACAUUCAUUUUAUCAAUUCCAAAAUGUAAUUUCCGUCCCCAUUAUGGAAAAAAAAUUAAUUGAAUUGAAUAAAGAAAUUGAUGAUAUUCAAAUUGAUGACGAAGAAAAUAUCAAAGAAUAUUAUGAAGUAAGGCAAACGCUUGAUAGCUACAAUGAAGAUGUCCGUCAUAUAAUGACACAUCCAGCCAAUGUAUUAAGCUUUUUACAACCAGGUAGACUAAUUGAAGUUAACAUUGGAGGUAAGACUGGGGAUAACAAGCAAAAUUAUGGUUGGGCAGCAGUUAUUGAUUUUGCUAAGAGAAUUAAUAAACGUAAUCCUACUGCUGUCUAUACAGACCAUGAAUCAUACAUUGUUAACGUUGUAGUUAAUAGUAUGUAUGCUGAUUCUCCAGUGAAUUUGUUGAAGCCAUUUAAUCCAACAUUCCCUGAAGGUAUUCGUCCUGCUGAAGAAGGUGAAAAAUCCAUAUGUGCUGCUAUACCAAUAACUUUAGAUUCUAUACAAUCAUUGGGUAAUAUUAGACUACAUAUGCCCAAGGAUAUCAGAGCUAGUGGACAAAAGGAAAUUGUAGGUAAAUCAUUGAGUGAAGUUCAACGUAGAUUCCCCGAUGGGAUCCCAUUAAUUGAUCCAAUUAAAAACAUGAAGAUUGAAGAUGAUGAUUUUACUAAAUUAUUGAAAAAAAUUGAAGUUCUUGAAGGUAAAUUAUUUUCAAAUCAAUUAAGUAAUUCUGUGAGAUUAGCUGAAUUAUAUGAGAAAUAUAGUAGGAAGCAUGCGUUGAUUAAUGAUACUAAACAAUUAAAACAUAAGAUUAAUGAAUCUCAAGCUGUGAUACAGUUAGAUGAUUUACGUAGACGUAAGAGAGUUUUACGUCGUUUAGGAUUUUCUACGCCAAGUGAUAUUAUUGAAUUGAAAGGUAGAGUUGCAUGUGAAAUUUCUAGUGGUGAUGAAUUAUUAUUAACUGAAUUAAUCUUCAAUGGUAAUUUCAAUGAAUUGACACCUGAACAAUCAGCAGCAUUACUUUCAUGUUUCGCAUUCCAAGAACGUUGUAAAGAAGCCCCAAGAUUAAAACCUGAAUUAGGUGAACCAUUGAAAGCUAUGAGAGAACUUGCUUCUAAAAUUGCCAAAAUAAUGAAGGAUUCCAAGAUUGAAAUUGUUGAGAAGGAUUAUGUUGAAAGUUUUAGACAUGAACUUAUGGAAGUUGUGUAUGAAUGGUGUAAAGGUGCCACAUUUACCCAAAUUUGUAAAAUGACCGAUGUUUAUGAAGGUUCAUUGAUUAGAAUGUUCAAGAGAUUGGAAGAAUUAGUUAAAGAAUUGGUUGAUGUUGCCAAUACAAUUGGUAAUACAGCUUUGAAGGAAAAAAUGGAAACAGUUAUAAAGUUGAUACAUAGAGAUAUUGUUUCCGCUGGUUCCUUGUAUUUAUAG